CUUCUCCUCCAAGCUUAACCCCUUUAGCUUAUUGGCUUCCCAGAAGAUACUACAAGCAAGCCAUAAACAACAAUCACCAAAAAAAUAACAGAGAAAAAUAAAAAAUUUGAAAAAAUUUGGAAAAGAAAAUGGUGGCGGCGAAUCUGAAAGCAGAAACAAUGAAGCUGGUGGAGAACAGAAGCGCAAUUGAAGUGGAGAUGAACGCUAUCAUCGAGCGUCUCUGCCAGCCCGGCGGUCCUGGUCUCUCCGGCAAUCUCGUCGACGCCGAGGGAUUUCCUCGUACAGACAUUGACAUUCCGGUGGUGAGAGCAGAACGGAAUCGUCUUGCUGUGCUGCGAAGUGAUCACAAGGAGAUCACAGAGAAAAUAAAUGCAAAUAUACAAGUUCUGCAUUCAGCAAGGCUUGCUGCUAGACCAUUAACCACCAAAGGUUCAGGCAAUGAUGGAGCAUCAAAUAAUCAAAACUCAUCAAUGGUGAACGCUGUUGCAUCUGCAUCCUCACACAGUGUUGUUACGAGAGAUUCUCCCAGUUCCAUGGAUGUGGACAUGAUUCUCAGCAUCCCCUUUGCAGUGGUUGAUGAAAUAGCUGACGCAUCGCCGACAGCAGAGGAUGGUUUACAACUUGGAGAUCAGAUUGUUAAAUUUGGCAGUGUGGAAUAUAAAGUUGGUGACAAUCUUCUGCAAAGGCUUGCUACUGAGGCUCAGGCAAAUCAGGGACAUGCGAUGCCUGUGAUACUUUUGAGGCAAGGUGCUCCAGUGAACUUAACAGUGACUCCUAGAUCAUGGCAAGGCAGGGGCCUACUGGGGUGCAGUUUCCGGAUUCUGUAACGGGCUAUGUGCUGUUUAGGCAUGAAGCUAUAAUGCUUUUCUAUCAGUUGUGAGGCAGUGCUUUUUGGAUGGACUUGUUGACAGUAAACUCAGUCUUUUUCUUAUAUUUUCUGGAAAAAUCGUGUAGUUAAAGAUCUGUGUAGUUACUGAUUAAAUCAUGUAUUUUCAUUUAAGGUGAUAAAUUGAUUUACCCCAUUUUAAUUUUAUUAGCAGAGAAAUGUUUAUUAUUUCUGAGGAUGUGGUUGAUGAAAUUUGUGGAAUUCUUCACAAGAUUCACUGGAACGAAGUCCUUGAAUCCAAGGCAAAUAAAUUUCAGCAUCAUUACAAA